GCCGCUGCUCGCCAACCGUGCGCUGAAUCGCUUACCGCGUUAGUCGGUUUCACCUUGAUCGAAUGCGCGGUGCGUUGAUGCAGCGCUCCGCAACUGCCACUAGACGCCAGCGAAACCGCGCCACUUGUUUGUGCCAGAGUCGCCGCGCGCGCCGUGUGUCGUGCCCACGAGCCGAAGAGCACACAUCAGUUUAGUGAAGCCAUGUUGGGUGGCGGUGAGUUGUGACCGCGAGGCGCAGCAGCAGCAGGAGCGAAUUUGUUGAACGGCAAUACCCGCGAAUCCGUGAAUAUUGUGUGAGAUAAAACGCAGGUGCAAACGCAGUGUAAAAGGAGUAACAUCACGAGUAAAGAGUGCGGGCGUGCAGCGCAGUGCUAAAUGCAUUUGGAUUAAAUGACAUAGGCGGUGCAGCAGCGGGGAUCAAUCGCAAGGGUGGUUCACGAUGACGGCCACCACGGAUGCCAAUUGGGGCACGGAACUAUGGGACCAAUACGAGUGUUUGUCGCAGCACACGCUCAAGGGCAUCGAGUUUCUGGAAAGGUACGGCCACUUUGUGCGAGACAGGGCGACCAUCGAAACGGAAUAUGCAAAUAAAUUAAGACGACUGGUCAAAAACUAUCAACCUAAAAAGAAAGAGGAAGAAGAGUACCAGUACACAUCAUGUAAAGCAUUCAAGCAAAUAAUGAAUGAAAUCAAUGAUUUGGCCGGCCAGCAUGAGCUCGUCGCCGAAAACCUCCAAGCGAAUGUGAUAAAGGAGAUCACUGCGUUGUCCAAGGAAGUCCGCGAGGAGCGCAAAAAACAAUUGACUGAAGGCGCCAGACUACAGGCGCAGCUGCAGAACCAGAUCGAAUCAAUGCAACGCUCAAAAAAAGCCUACGACAAGGCGUUCAAGGAGGCGGAGAAGGCCGCCGAACAUUUUCAACGCGCCGACGCCGACCUGAAUCUGUCGCGUGCCGAGGUGGAGCACAAACGCACGACGAUGUCCUACAAGUCGCAGAUGUGCGAGGCGGCGAAAAACGACUACGCCGACCAACUGCAGCGCACCAACGACCUGCAGCGGUCGCACUAUCGUUCAGGCAUGCCGGAUGUAUACAGACAACUGCAAGAGUUGGACGAGAAACGCAUUAAAAAUAUCAAGAACUUUAUUCACAGCUCAGUGGAUAUCGAGCGUAAUGUAUUCCCGAUUAUUAAUACCUGUCUGGAUGGUAUUGUGCGCGCAGGGGAUUUGAUCAACGAAAAAGAGGAUACUCAAAUGGUUAUCGAACGAUACAAGUCCGGUUUCUCGCCGCCGGAUGACUAUCCGUUCGAGGAUCUGUCGCGUGGUGGCAGCGACAGCGGCGGAAGCACGCCAAUGAUAAACAACAUGCACUCGGAAGUGAAGCUGAAGUCUGGUGGAUUGACUGUUAAAGGCACCGUAUCCGGCAAGGGCAUAAAGAAACGAACUGGGAUAUUUAAUAUCUUUGGCAAUCGAGGGAAGCUUACUGAAGUCUGUAUGGCAAUCAAGUAUGCUGCUGUUACGGAUGGAAAGGAUGACUUUAGCGAUCUGGCGCCCAACCAACGACUGAAAAAACUCCGCGCGAAGAUCGACGAGCUCAAUGCGAAAAUCAAAAGUGAGUCGGCGGCUCGCGACGGUCUCAUGAAGAUGAAGGGCGUCUACGAAACGAAUCCGGCAUUAGGCGAUCCGAUGACCAUAGAAGGUCAAUUAAACGAAAGUAGUCAUAAGUUGGAGAAAUUGCAAGCGGAUCUGAAACGAUACGAAGGUUAUCUGGAAGAUGCACAAAAAGUGACAAACCAUAAUAAUUCACUAACAAAUUCUCCACGGUUCGAGAACGGCGUGCGAAAUCAUCGCCAUUCCGGCGGUAGUGCAGCCGAAGAGGAUAGUCUUAGCAGAUCUGGAAGUGACAACAGUGUGACGAAUCCAACAUUAAACCACAACAAACAGUCUGCGCCUGGAACGCCACAGCUUAAUCAUGGUUGUUCAAAUAGCCCGGAAAGCGGUCUCGGCGCCAGUCAUACCUCACUACCCGGCGCUGACUCCGAUCCGGAUCAGUACGAUGGGCACGCUGACGACCGGGGCGAGUUUUAUGACAACAUCUACGACACUGAAUUUCAACCGCUGGGGAUAUGCAAAGCGAUUUAUGCCUUCGAAGCAACGAGCGAAGGAAGCAUUCCAAUGGAAGAGAAAGAAGAGCUGCAUUUGAUCGAAUUCGAUCAAGGUGAUGGCUGGACGCGAGUGCGGCGCAUGAACAACGCCGACGAGGGAUUUGUACCGACCUCAUACAUCGAAAUAAGUAAAUUUCAGACCUAUACUUCUUGAAUUCAAACCAGCACCAUCAAAAGUUAAACAAUUACAUGUGCACAUCGUAUAGAACUUGCCUAGCAACAUGUGCAAAGAAUUAGAAUACUCAUGCUCACCAUAGGUGUGUAUUACUACGAAUCAACAACACACCACAUAGUUUUCGGCUGGGCUACAAUGUCCGUUUGAAAUGAGUAAUGUAGUACUGCCAGUUCUGAUCAAUUGUUCUAUGCCAACGAACACACGGCAUCUAAGUGAUUGGCGGAGGACGCGCGCAUGCGCGAGCGAUAUAUUUAUAUACGGUAGAUAUUAUAAAUUAUAUUUGAUGAUCAUGUUGCAAUAUGCUUGAAGUACAGCUGCAAGCGAUGACAGUCAAGGCGGACGCGGGAAUUUUGAGGUGCUUUAAGUCAGUAAUUAUAGAGACCGGCGCAAUUGUUGCGAAUUGCUACUCUCUGUGACUGCUGAUUUUCGAAAAUGUAUUUAAUUUGAGAAAGUUUUUAUUUUUUUACCGGAAUUGAACUGCGAGGAAACACGAUGCGGUCACUUAUUGAAUUUGUACAUAUUACUAACAAUAAUUUAAGUUUAGUUGGCAAUAUGUUCGAAUGUGCAUGAAUGUACAAAUUGGAUAUUUGUUGUAAUAUCGAGUUGGAUGUGUCUUCAUGAAGAAUUCGAUCAUGUUGCUUGAAAUAUCGUCCAUGUUUUCUUUGGAUACGUUAUCCGUUGAAAUGCAGAUAUAGCUAGGUAGGCGUAUUAUAAUUUAGCUAGCUAGAUAGUUGAAUUGCUAGUUGUAUACAACAAUAUACAACAAACUAUAAUCUGACCAUAGUUUGGAUAAACGUAUAAACGUAAUAUCAAUUCUUGUUUAUUAUUUUUGUAUCGGAUUUUAUAUCUUUUCAACUUUUAAAUGUUGUAUUAAAUUUUAUAAAAUCGAAUUAAUUGUGUCAUCCAUUGUCAUAUAGUGUAUAAAAAAUGCUUUAGAUUAAUUAGUACAUGCUAAACAAACAUUUAGGCUGUAAACGUAUUGUAAUCUUGAUGUUAAUAUCGACGUUAACAGAAUCUUGUCAAAGACUAUGCUAACGCCAACACUAAAUUGACAGACGUAUAUAUUUAUAAAUGUAUACAUAUAUUUUAAUACCUAUUUGAUGAACAAUUAGAAAUGAGAUAUUGUUAAGGACGGGAAAGACCAUUGAAAUGCAAAAGGAUUUUUAAAACAAUUACAAUUAGCAAACAUAUUGAUUCAAGAUUAUCUCAAUUGCAAAAGGAAAAGCUCAGAACAAACGAGGUGCUUCUAAGUAUGGCUCAAAAAAAUACCGAAGUGUAUCGCUGCAUCAUCAUUAUAUCAUAAAUUCAUAUCAUUCUUAGCAUUAAUUGCCCUCACGUACUAUGCCAAUGUUCGUAAGAAAUUUGUUUCGAUAUCACUGCAGAUCGAUGCAAGCUGGUUGUUUUUUUUUUGAUAUUUAAUCUAACUUAUAGAAUUGUUGUAGAUUUAUUUACGGUUCCGGUAAUAAUUGAAUUUACGUUUAUAUGUAUGUUCAUAUUACAUCUCGUUCAUUCAUUGCAACAUAUAGAAGCAGCACAAAAUAUAAGCCUGAUUUAUUUUUUGGACGGAUACAUUGCGUACGUUGUGUUUAAUUCAAAAUUUCUUAGAUACUUUGAUCAACCUCAAUUUGGUUUUUGUUUUUAAACUGGAGUGAAACUUAGCGAUUGUUAGCUUAUCAACCAUACGAAACAAGGGCUGAAUAUUGUAUGCGUUUGACUGAUUCUAAUUAAAAAUGUAUCAUAAUUAAUAUAAUCUCUUUGAAGAAGA